AUGGGAAUUCCGACAGCAGGAGAUAAGAAUCACGUUACCAAGCGCAAAUGUGUGCCAAGGAGAGACUGGACAGAGGCUGUCAAAGAAAAGAUUGUACAGUGCUGCCCUGGUAAAGAGCUCCUAUGCGGUCCCUUUGCUAAUAAAUCCAAGUCACCGCAUAACGCCGCUCUACAGGAAGCCCUCGAAUGCACCCAAUGCAGCCAUCUGCACAUUAUUCCAUACAUGUUAAAUGCAGACAUUGCUGCAGGAUCAUACAUCACAUCGGAAUACCCACCUUUCUUCAUCACCGAAAGCGCACCAGAUGAAAACAUAUCUCCCUUCGACACAAACCCCCUGGCUUUCCAAAAUAACAACGUCACAAUGUGGGACGAUAUUACCCCUUCCCAACAACAACAUUACUACGCCAAAAUUGAUGCCAUUCUCAAGAAGGCCGAGGCCGAGUCAGGCAAGUUAGUGGAUGAAGCCACCGUUCUUUUCGCCCACUACCAAGUGGACUUCCAUAUCCGCCAACACUACCUCGCCCCCCGAAGUGUCCUGAAUCUAUGCCGCUCGAAGGAUGAUAUCAGGGAGUUGAAGCACUGGGAGUGGGAGAACGCCGUCUCAGAUGAGAUAGCAUUUCCCGAAUAUCCCGACUGGGGCGUGGGAUGGAUGCAUGAGCCGAGCAAUUCUAUCGGCCACCAGAUCGCGGCAUGGCGGAUGGGGGAAAGAAAACGAGAGAAUCACCUUGCCGAAGUGGAGGCCCGGUGGGCGGAGAUCAAAGAUGAGAGAGAAAAGCAGAGGAAACGGACAGUCAAAAUUUCAUUCAAGGGCACGCAUGUCAGGACUCACAAGUAUGAGGCAUGUCAACCGCAUCUGACAGAGAAGGAGAUUAUGCGUAUAUCAAAGAAACAAGGUGCCAGGCAUCAAGCCUGUUUAGACGCUUUAGAUCUGUGA